CAAACUCCCAUUUACGGUUAGCGACUGAAAUCUGUCAGCUCAGCGAAGCGUAGACUCCUCUAAUACCCUCAAAUAUUUCUCUGUACGGUAUUCCUCUGGACAACGAAGUAUAUUUACUGCCGUUUUCGUCGUCGACGAAUUAGGUUUAAAAGUUUUUUCAACGCGUGUUGUUGAAGGAAAGAACAGAAUGGCAAGCAGUUCAAAGCGGAAAGAAGAAAGUCAUCUGCUGAAUGGGGGAGUAAAACAGUCCACAUGGAGCAAAGCCUUCUGCAGUAAUGCUGUUUGGGAAGAGAAGGAUGAGUUUUUAGAUGUGAUUUACUGGAUCCGACAAAUCAUUGCAAUUAUCCUCGGUGUUAUAUGGGGUGUGGCACCACUGAAAGGAUUCCUGGGAAUAGCCAUAUUCUGCAUCAUCAAUGCUGGUGUCCUGUACGUAUACUUCAGCAGCUUUCAGCAGAUUGAUGAAGAAGAGUACGGAGGCACAUGGGAGCUCACCAAAGAAGGCUUCAUGACAUCUUUCGCCCUGUUUCUGGUGGUGUGGAUAAUCUUUUACACAGCUCUACAUUUUGACUGAAUGGAAUCCAUAGGACGUUAAAUACGAACAUUUCUGUUGAAGCAAAUUGACAAGACGCAAGAACUUUAUGGUUUCGGGGUUUUCAUGCUCCCUGCAUUCAGUAUGACCCCUCAUUGCACAGUGCAUCAUGGGAAUCGUAGUUUGCAAAAACAAGCUCCAGCAAGAACACAGUGAUGAACACGCUCAGAUAAUGUAUGUCUCCAGUUUGUUUGAGGCUUCCGUUUUGUAAGGCAUCUUCCAUUACAAUUCCUAAAUGUUCUGUCCUUCCUCACAACAAACACUAAAGAUGCAUCAAACUCAGACUGGUUGCGCCUCUAUUGGUUUUUUGGUCAAGUACUGUAUGUUGAUGUCAAAAAGAACUUCAUCAGCUUACUUUUGUCAGUUUUUGGAAGAUCGACAUGAAUGCAGAUUUUACAUUAUAAGAAUAACAUGUAGUGGGAGAAUACCCAUCCCAUUUCACUUUUCAUGAACAUGUCAGCCAAGUUAGGAGACACGGAAAAUGAGGCGGAGUGUCUUCAUUUAGUCGUGAGGAUCAAUCAGUCCAAGUGUCACCUUACAACAUAAGGACAAAGUGCACCACAGGGAAUGAGCAGGAGGGUAUUUAUUCUUUAGUUUCAUCCCUAAAAGACAUAUUUGCCUUCAGAGACAUAACUGCUCCUGUGUGGGUCGGCAGUUUUAUGGUCGGUUUCUUUUGUCUUUGAGACAAAAUAAAAACUUUGUGUUUUUAUUUUUCUUUGUUUUUCCAUUGAUAUGAACUGACAUUUUGUGUAAUUUGUAAAUGGUCUCGUCACUAACACUUGAAGAUUGUAGCUAGCGGAAGCUAGUAUAUCUAAUUUCUAACAUUAAUUGAAAUGCUGGUUUUAAGAACCACAAAUUGGCCUUUUCCCAGAUAUUAUCAGUUUGAUGUCCCUUCAGUGGGAAAUGAAGAAAGAGGCAGUGAGUGAUGCCGCUGGGUUGGGAUGCAAAUGUUCAGACUGAAGCUAAACCCGAGUGUCUGUGCACUGCCAUGAUUUGCUCAUAGUGUGUCUACUGACAUUUAUAAAUGCCCAUCUCUUUUGAGGUAAAAAUUGAUUAAAAUAUUUUUUUUCACAUGUAGCUUCCAGAUCAAAGUCUUGCCUGUUGUUUUGAAAUGAAUUUUAACUUGUCCGUAAAUUCUUUACAAUGUCCUGUUCGUCAAAUCCACUUCGUAUUACACUGAGUUAUUUGUAUUUAUGUUAUGUCUUGUUUGAUGUAACAUAUUUCUCAGUAUUUUAUAGUGAGGAACCUUUAAAAAACUGUUCUCGCAAAGAUAUUGUAAUGAUCCUGUUCUAUUCAAUAUGCAGCUGGUGUUUGAAAGGAUUGUAUAUUCUGAUCAAAUCUUACGAGAAUCAUUAAACAUGGGCUUUGUUUGGCCUCCAUUUUCAAAAGGAGUUUCUACUCUUUUAUGGAACUGUUGACAAGGGUUUUUUCUGUUUCCAGUUGUUUUCU